AGCCUCCGCACCCAGAACAACUUCUUUCUGCUCAAUCUCGCCAUCUCCGACUUCCUCGUGCCUUCUGCAUCCCUCUGUACGUGCCCUAUGUGCUGACCGGCCGCUGGACCUUUGGCCGGGGCCUCUGCAAGCUGUGGCUGGUAGUCGACUACCUACUGUGCACCUCGUCCGUGUUCAAUAUCGUGCUCAUCAGCUACGACCGCUUCCUGUCGGUCACCCGAGCUGUGUCGUACCGGGCGCAGCAGGGUGACACGCGGCGGGCGGUGCGGAAGAUGGUGCUGGUGUGGGUGCUGGCCUUCCUGCUGUACGGGCCGGCCAUCCUCAGCUGGGAGCACCUGUCAGGUGGCAGCUCCAUCCCCGAGGGCCACUGCUAUGCCGAGUUCUUCUACAACUGGUACUUCCUCAUCACGGCCUCCACGCUCGAGUUCUUCACACCCUUCCUCAGUGUCACCUUCUUCAACCUCAGCAUCUAUCUGAACAUCCAGAGGCGCACGCGCCUGCGGCGGGAUGGGGCCCGCGAGGCCGCUGACCCGGAGCCCCUGCCCGAGGCCCCGCCCGAGGCCGCUGACCCGCCGCCCCUGCCGUCCUCCGGCUGCUGGGGUUGCUGGCAGAGGGCGCGCGGGGAAUCCCUGCCGCUGCACAGGUAUGGAGUGGGCCAGGUGGCCCCGGGCGCCGAUGCCGGGGAGGCGUCCCUCGCGGGUGGCAGGGGCAGAGAUGCCCCGGCCUCACCCACCUCCAGCUCCGGCAGCUCCUCAAGGGGCGCCGAGGGGCCGCGCUCGCUCCAGCGGGGCUCCAAGCCGUCAGCGUCCUCAGCAUCCCUGGAGAAGCGCAUGAAGAUGGUGUCCCAGAGCUUCACCCAGCGCUUCCGGCUGUCGCGGGACAAGAAGGUGGCCAAGUCGCUGGCCGUCAUCGUGAGCAUCUUUGGGCUCUGCUGGGCCCCCUACACACUCCUGAUGAUCAUACGGGCCGCCUGCCAUGGGCACUGCAUCCCUGACUACUGGUAUGAGACGUCCUUCUGGCUUCUUUGGGCCAACUCAGCCGUCAACCCUGUCCUCUACCCGCUGUGCCACUACAGCUUCCGCCGAGCCUUCACCAAGCUGCUCUGCCCCCAGAAGCUCAAGAUCCAGCCCCAUAACUCCCUGGAGCAGUGCUGGAAGUGAGCCGGCCUCCCCGGGACCUCCCACUGCCACCCAUCCCAGUCCCAGUUUCCUGGGCAGCUGGCCAAGCUGCCCUCACCUGGCUCGCCCCCCAGGUGUGAGCCACGCCCUCUGUGGCCCACCCUAGAUGCCACGGCAACCUCUCUUAGACCAUCUGCCCUGCGGGAAGGCAGCUGGAGUACUAGCUGGUGGAACUGGAGUGUGGGUGGCUGGUCCUGCCACCCACAUCCUGGCUCCACCCAGCCAUGCUGUCCACCCUCCACGGGCAGUGUGAUGGCUGGUGGUAUCUGCUCCUCACACAAGUAUUGGUUGACGUUCUUCCUAAAGCAAACACUUGGUGUGUGCACCAGGCCUCCAACCAGCAGUCUGCUCCUGCAUGUGACACACCUGCACACACCUGCACACACCUGCACUCCUCCCCUCUCCCUGGACAAGCCUGGGACACUGCCUCUGUUGCUGUCUGUCUCUUGCUUAAGCCCAGGCCCAGCUCCUUUAUCCCUCUUCCCUCCAACUCUCUCUGCCCCCAAAAGUGUCAAGUGGCCCUAGGAACCUCAAAGCUGUCCUCUGCUUUUCCACUCGGGGUAUUUUCAGGAAAAUGAAGAAAACAUGUCUGUGAACUUGAUGUUCCUUGGAUGUUUAAUCAAGAGAGACAAGAUUGCCAAGGAGCUCAGGGCUGGAUUGGCAGGUGUGGGCUCCCACGCCCUCCUCCUGUGCUGCGGCUUCCGGCUGAGCUCGCCAGCUGCUUCUGCUUGCCCCGCCCCUGGGCUUGGGACAUUGGGCUGAUGGGGGUUCUGUAAGUGGCUGGAGCCACAACACCUGCUCUGCCAGGCCAGAGCCUGCCCCUCCCGCUCUGUCUGCUCAACCAGAAUUUCUUGGGGGUUGUUGGACAGGAGGGGACCUGGCAUGCCCUGAGGGUCCUGAGGUUGCAGGUGCCAUCAGAAGGAAACCAGCACCCAGGGAGGGGCCGCUUCACCACGUCCUGUGCACCCAUCAGAUGCUCUGCAUGCCCACCUGCCUGCGUGCCUGCUUUGCUGCCCCUGCAAACCGUGAGGUCACAAUAAAGUGUAUUUUUUUAAUG